AUGCUUAGUGAGCAAUUGAACAGCAGUGAAUCCCGUGGCCUUUUAUUGGCUAUUGACAAGAUGCGCGAAAUCUUGCAUGGAGAAAAAAUAACCUUACCAGAAAUUGUGGUUGUUGGUGAUCAAUCGGUGGGAAAGUCGUCUGUACUGGAAGCAAUAUCUGGUAUUCAGUUACCGCGAGCACAGAAUAUUUGUACUCGCUGUCCACUAGAAUUACGGAUGAAAACAGCUCAAGAUAAGGAAUACGCAACAAUACGUAGUAGUGUUGGCUCUACUGCGGAGAUGCGUAUUGACGAUUUGACGAAGAUUGCAGAUGAGGUCACUCGCUUAACAUCAGAAAUUGCCGGUAAAGGAUUUGAUGUCAGCCCGAAUCCUAUCUAUUUAACGGUGUUCAAGCGUGAUAUUUUAUACGACUUGACCCUUAUUGAUCUUCCGGGUAUCACACGAAAUGCAGUGUCUGGUCAAGCAGAAAAUAUUUAUGACCAAAUUCUGAACUUAAUCAAUAAAUACAUUGAACCACCAACCGCGGUAAGCAUAUCAAUCAUUCCAUAUUAG